UCCGAGCAGUCCCGAGCCACGAGGCCAACAAUCCCACCGGGCUGUGGAAAGUUUAAAAAUAGUUAAAUAUUCGGUGUUGAACCGCCGCGUGAAUUGCCACGGGCUUCAGUUCUUGAAUUGAGAGAGUUUUAUAUUUCAUACUUGUACAUAGGCUUCCAUACAAGUCGUUCCAAUGGCUUCAAAAGUGACAAUCUCUCAAGCCCUCGGAACGGACGGUAGUGACUACAAUCACAGACAGAAAAUCGCGACACAUUACCAAGUCAGUGUGACUAAUAAAUCAAGACUGAAGUGCUGUAUAUUUUUUCAUUAUCUAUUAUUUUUUGUUAUGCUCGCCAAACUAUCUGCAGAUAUAUUAGAUCAUCUGGAUAUAUUUAUCUUAGAAAUAGAGGAGUUACAAAUACCACAGCCAUUGUGGUGGGAAUACAUAUGGUGCACUAGCUUAUUAUUAUCUUUUCUUGCUCUCUCAGCGAUAAAAAGAAAUAGAAUCAAGACAUUGCAGAAAUAUAUGAUAGGAAUUGUUUUACUAGGAUAUGGUCCAUUGUCUUAUGCUGUUGUGUAUUACUUUAAGGAUGUUUGGACAUAUUUAACUGUUGGAAAAUCAGAGGAUAUUCAUUUGUGGCAGGGUUUACCAUAUGGUGUACUAUGGUAUGCUUUCAUUCUCUUAGCAUCACAGGUUCAUUGUUUCUCUUUAUAUUUUUCAUGGAAUUUGCUAGUUGCCUGGAAAACACGGGGAGCUAAAAAGUUGGAUUAAAUUUAACAGAUUUCCUCUUGACAAAUUAUGUUUAUGGAGAAAAACCUGAGAGCAGCGUUUUGGCCGACACAUGAUCCUGAUGUCUCUUGUACUUUCUACUCCAAUGCAACUGUUGCAACCAAAAAUUGCCUAAAACAAUCAGAGCGUAGACAUAGAUAGACCGUG